AAACGCACUGUCAGCUGUGUUUGCGGAAGUAUCCAAACUAGCGAAGAUGCAUGAGAAGUCAUGGUGCAUGGCCUCUAGUUUCUAUCAAGCUCUUGUAUUUCUUCCCACCAAAGAUAGAUGCACGCCUUCGAGCAUUAGAUAAUAAUAUUCCUUCAUUCCGGCUCAGCUUUUGUUGACCGACAGAGUUAACCGUCCAGUUAGCAUAGCACGCUAACGAAGCUUUUCCACCUGUAAGCAUGGCCCGACCUCUGCAAUUCCUCCACCUCCUCUCUAGGUUUUCAGCUCCCUGUGUGACUCCCUCCGUUUAUUUAAGCGGCGUCAGAUUCUCCAGCAAAGGAAACAGCAAAGCCUGGGUGGGACAGAACCAAGUGAGCACAGACGGAUCACGAAAGUCCAGAUUUAACGAUGAUGGGGAGUCUGAGCUGGAGGAGUUGGAAGAUAAACUUGAAACUGUGCUAGACGAGGAGAGAAGGAGACAGCGAUCAAUGAAAUAUGAUAUGAUAAGAAGGAAAAUGACUCCACCGGGAUCACCCCAGAGGAAACUAACAUGGGAUGCUAUUGAGCAAAUAAGAUAUCUGAAGCAAGAGCAGCCAGAGGAGUGGACGAUAGAGCGCCUUGCUGAGGGCUUCUCUGUCUCCUCAGAUGUCAUCCUAAGGGUCCUGAAGAGCAAGUUUACCCCCUCUACCAUAAGAAAAGCCAAACAGGAUGCUAAAGUCAUGGCUAGACUUGGCCAGCAGGUGUUGCCACCAGAUAGUAGGACACAAGAGAAGCAGCUGAAGCUGCCUCAAAAUCAAACACCAGCCAUACUGGCAUCCAGGGGGACAGAAGAUGCUCUGAUUUCUGUGACUUCUCAAACUCCGAUGAUUCAAAGUAAAGGUUUAGGAUCUCCCCUUACUGUUCAGCAUCCAAAGUUAACAGGUGGGAUUUGUAAAGAUGCCACAUUGACGUGGUCAACAGUAGAUGAGGGUGAUGCUGGUGCAAAGCCAACAGAAGAGGAUGAGGAGUGCUGGGAUGGACAGUUGUUGACAGAGGAGGAACUUGAGGAACUUCUGGAAAUGGAUAAACCUUCACCAGUGGUGCAAGUGGGGAACAAUUUCUUUGAUGCAGAAGGGAACUUUUUGUAUAAAAUCUGAGGGUAAAAUAAAAAAAAUAAAAAAUCUAUCUUGGAUGAAGAUGUGAUGUGUAUAUUGAAAUUACUGUAAUAAAUAAUCUCAGAAACUGUAAUAAU